AUUUCCUGAAGUUCAUUUCCUGUCCUAGCUUCUCUUCAUCUUUACUUUACAAUCUGACCAUAGCCUGUUUCGGUACUGGAAUCAUGCAUCUGAUAACCCUGGUAUUGCUUUUGGCUUUAGGUGCCUGUGAAGCAGUGUAUUGGCAGAAGCUGACAUGUCCAUAUGAACCAGAGCAUAAGAGCCUGAGGAGGGUUUGGUGCAGGCACAGCACCACUGAGUGCUGCACUGGCCUCAUCUUCAGCCAGAGUGACCACUUAGUGGAUGGAGGUAAACUGAGGGUGACCCAGGACUUGAACGUCUUCACGGUGGCAGUGAUGGAGCCAAGCCAGGGAGAGGGAGUGUACUGGUGUGGUGUGCUCAACAGAAAUGACACCCUCAUCAAGCUGGCUGAAAGCUACAUUUACAGCUCCUCCAUUGCCUAUUUCUGGAGUUACAUCCGCUGGAUUCUGCUUGCUGUGCUUCCCAUAGUGACCAUAUUCACCAGUGUUUCCAUCAGACAAACAACAAAACACAGUUGUAAGAAAGCAGAGGAGCCACAUGGUGAUAUUGCUGUGAGCAGAACUCUGACUGAUCUACAGUAUGAGAAUGUAGCGUCUUCCUGUGAGCUGGAACAGUGAGGGAAACGUUCAGAUGCUGUGUGUCAUAUUCAGUGUUUUCCUGGCCUCGUUCCUGCAGCACGGAGGUCCAGGUCUGACUUACCUCACUGUUGUUCUGCUGAAUAAUGUUCUGAGGGUGAAAUUCUCUCAAAAAGUAACACCUGAAAUGCCCUUUAUGAAGAAAUAAGUUUGCAUUUUAUUGGACAAACCAAAUGUAGGCAAACUCACACACAGUGUAAAGAUGGAACAUGUCAUGGGGUGAAAAAUAAAUGAAGGGUUUCAUUCCAAAAUGUCAUACAUCCAUGUAGAAAAAAAACAUCACACAUAAAGUAUUUCUUAUAUGCUCUCAGCUCUCAGUUUAUUAGGAACACCUAGAUAAAACUGAUUAGGCCUACAUGCAGUUCAUCCUACCUUCAUGAGGGUUAUACUGUUCAGAGGUGCUGACUCAGGCGUAGGAUCAUCAGGCUGUAGCCUGUGAUGAUGGUGAACUCUAUUAUGUUCAAGUGUAUUAUGUUAUACAAAGAUGUGUUUCUGUUAUUGAGCCUCAUUUGAAUGGGGAGGACAAAAUAACAGAAACACCUGUCAACAUAACGUAAAACAGUUCAACAGCGCCACAAACUGCAGCUUCCAGAAUGAUCCAGCACCUGGAUCAGCACCUCUGAACAUGAAGUUAGGCUGUACCGCAGGACAUUAGCUUUAACCAGGUGAACCUAAUAAACUGCCGGCUGAGUGUAUGAUAUAAAUGCAUAGCCGUUCACAGAAACGCCUCCCUGUUAAGAUCAUUUCAUAGGACUUCAGUGACAGUGUUUCCACAUGGUGUAUAUGUCAUUUUGGAACAAAGCUCCUCAAAUAUAUAUAUUUAUUUGUAUACUUUAUACAUUCUCUUUUUACUGUACAUUUAAGUCUCAUGCUUUUGCUUGAAACUGCUUUCAGCAUUUAUCCUCAAUCACAUGACAAAAGACAAAAACAAAAACAAAAAAAAAAACAAAACAGCAUACAG